GGCGGCGGGGGCGGCGGGAGCGGCGGAGCGGAGCGGCCAUGAAGCACUACGAGGUGGAGAUCCUGGACGCCAGGACGAGGGACAAGCUGUGCUUCCUGGACAAGGUGGAGCCUCAGGCCACGGUGGCCGACAUCAAAAACCUGUUCAGCAAGAGCCAUCCCCAGUGGUACCCAGCGAGGCAGUCCCUGCGCCUGGACCCCAAGGGGCGCUCUCUCAAGGACGAGGAUGUGCUGCAGUCGCUGCCCGUGGGCACCACGGCCACGCUCUACUUCCGGGACCUGGGCGCGCAGAUCAGCUGGGUCACGGUGUUCCUGACCGAGUACGCGGGCCCCCUGCUCAUUUACCUGCUGUUCUAUUUCCGGGUGCCGUUCCUGUACGGGCCGCGCUACGACUUCACUGCCAGCCGGCACCGCGUGGUGCACCUGGCGUGCUGCUGUCACUCGUUCCACUACGUCAAGCGGCUGCUGGAGACGCUCUUCGUGCACCGCUUCUCGCACGGCACCAUGCCCCUGCGCAACAUCUUCAAGUGUCCCCAACCCAUGUCCCCAACUACCUACUGGGGCUUCUGUGAUGGCGAUACAUCAACCACCGCCAGCUGUGUCACACCCCGCCAGCAUUACAUCAACCACCCGCUGUACACCCCGCCAGCGUACGGUGACGAGCAGGUGAAGCUGGCGCUGGCCGUGUUCCUGUUCUGCCAGCUCGGGAACUUCUCCAUCCACGUGGCCCUGAGGAACCUGCGGCCAGCGGGCUCCAAGACGCGCAAGAUCCCGUACCCCACGCGGAACCCGUUCACGUGGCUGUUCCUGCUCGUGUCCUGCCCCAACUACACCUACGAGGUCGGCUCCUGGAUCGGUUUCACCAUCAUGACCCAGUGCCUGCCCGUGGCGCUGUUCUCGCUGGUGGGCUUCGUGCAGAUGGCGAUCUGGGCCCAGGGCAAGCACCGCAGUUACCUGCGCGAGUUCCGCGAUUACCCGCCCCUGCGCCGCCCAUCGUGCCCUUCCUGCUGUGACACCGCGGGGAUUGUCCCCAGUGUCCCCUUCCUGCUGUGACACCGCCCUGGGGACACCGAGGGGACAGCCCUGGGGACAUCCCCAUUGUCCCCUUCCUGCUGUGACACUGCGGGGAUUGUCCCCAGUGUCCCCUCCCUGCUGUGAUACUGAGGGGACACCGCGGGGACAGCCCCAGUGUCCCCUCCCUGCUGUGACACCAAGGGGAUUGUCCCCAGUGUCCCCUCCCUGCUGGCACCUCCUGGGGACACCCUGCUCUCUGCUGUCCCCUCCCCACUGUGACACCUUGGGGACACCGUGAUGUGUCCCCGCCAGUCCUGCCCUGAGCCCUGGGGACAGUGAGGGGACAGGGGACGUGAGCCCCUGGUCACCCUGGUGUCACAGCAGGACACGGCAGUGUGGCCCCGCUGUCCCUUGUCACCUCCAGGGUGCCAUCCCUGGUGGCAGUGUCACCUCCAUGGUGGCAGUGUCCCUCCAUGGUGGCAGUGUCACCUUCCUGGUGGCAGUGUCACAUCCAGGGUCCCAUCUCCAGUGUCACCUCCCUGGUGGCACUGUCACCUCGAUGGUGGCAUCUCCAGUGUCCCCUCCCUGGUGGCAAUGUCACCUUCCCAGUGGCAGUGUCACCUCCAUGGUGGCAGUGUCACAUCCAGGGUCCCAUCCCCGGUGUCCCCUCCCCAGUGGCAGUGUCACCUCGAUGGUGGCAUCUCCAGUGUCACCUCCCUCGUGGCCGUGUCACAUCCAGGGUAGCAGUGUCCCCUCCCUGGUGGCAAUGUCACCUUCCCAGUGGCAAUGUCACCUCCCU